AUGGCGGGAGGCGAGGAGGCCUUUGAAUACUGCGAUGUGGUCAUCAACAGCCAGGAGAAGGUUUCGGACGUGUACACGCAGCUGGAGAAGCUGGGAGAGGGAAAAUUUGGGACGGUGUACCGGCUGCAGGAAAAAGCCACUGGCAAAAUCCGGGCUGGGAAGUAUUUCCGGAUGCGGACGGCUAAAGAGAAGCAGGCAGCUCGGGCCGAGGUGGAGCUCAUGAACCUGCUGCAUCACCCGCGCCUCGUGCAGUGCCUCGACGCCUUCGCGGGCGGGGUCCCCAGCACCUUGUCCUCCCCCAGUGUGGCAGGCGGGGAGCUCUUUGAGCGCAUCGUGGACGAUGACUUCGAGCACACGGAGCCCAGCAGCGCCCAGUAUGUGCAGCAGAUCCUGGAGGGGCUGAAGUUCAUGCACGGCCAGGCUGUCGUCCACCUCGACCUCAAACCCGAGAACAUCGUCUGCGUCAGCCCCGGCAGCCACUGGCUCAAGAUCGUCGACUUUGGCUUGGCACAGAAGCUGGCUCCAGACACCCCUGUGAAGGUGUUGCAUGGCACCCCUGAGUUCAUGGCUCCAGAAGUGGUCGCCUUUGAGCCCGUCAGCUUCUCCACAGACAUGUGGAGCGUUGGUGUCAUCUGCUACAUCCUGCUGAGCGGGGAGUCCCCCUUCCAGGGGGACAAUGACAUGGAGACGCUGAGCAACAUCACAGCUGCCCGGUGGGACUUUGAGGAGGAGACCUUCUCAGAGAUCUCCCAGCAAGCCAAGGACUUCAUCAGCCAACUGCUGCGGAAGGACCCCUGCCGCCGGCUCUCCAGCGCGGGGGCUCUGCUGCACCCCUGGCUGCAGCAGCCCCAGCCCAACAGCACCAAGGCGCUGUCGAAGGAGAGGAUCAAGCAGUUCCUGACUCGUUGGAAGUGGCAGAAAACAGGCAAAGCUCUGCUGGCCCUCAACAGGUUGACCUUGCUGUCCCAGAGCUCGGAGAGGAAAGCGUUAGAGGCUCAGGACGAGGAAGACCCGGGCUGCAGCCUGGAGGAGGACCAAGCCUCUGGCUCUCUGCCCCAACGAGGUCCCAGCUUCUCAGAGCUGCUGACGGACCGAGAGGAGAAGGAGGAAGGUGGGAGCGCUGUGGCCGCAGGGGAGGCAGAGAGCAGCGUCAGUGUGACCGUGCCACCCCAGCCCUGGACCAGCUAG